AUAGCUACCGAGGGAGGCGGCGGCCAUCUUGGCGGCGGCGGCGGCGCGAUGAGCGGCUCGAAGGCGAGGGCGGCGGCGGCGGCGGCGGCGGCGGCGGCGGCGGCGGCGGGGCCGGAAAAGAAGCCGCCGCCGGGGUCCGCGGGUCCGCUCAGCCGCCUGCGGGGAAGGCGCGGCUCGGGAGACGUGGCGCCGCGGCCGCCGUGGACCGAGUCCGAGCUGCUGGCGCUGGAGACCGUCCGGCCCGAGCACGUCCUGGGGCUGUGCCGGGUGACGGAGAAUUAUUUAUGCAAACCUGAAGACAACAUUUACAACAUUGACUUCACCAGGUUUAAGAUCCGGGACCUUGAAACUGGAACAGUGUUGUUUGAAAUUGCAAAGCCAUCUGCUUCAGAGCAAGAUGAGGAGGAUGAAGAUGAUGGCAGUGAACUGGACGCCAGCGCAGGCCGCUUUGUUCGCUACCAGUUCACCCCAGCGUUUCUUCGCCUUCGGACCGUUGGUGCAACAGUGGAAUUCACAGUGGGAGAAAAGCCAGUGUCAAACUUUCGAAUGAUUGAGAGACAUUACUUCCGAGAUCGCUUGCUGAAGAACUUUGACUUUGAUUUUGGCUUCUGCAUCCCCAGUAGCAGGAACACAUGUGAACACAUUUAUGAAUUCCCUCAGCUCUCAGAAGACCUUAUCCGGCUGAUGGUUGAAAACCCGUACGAGACCCGCUCAGACAGCUUUUACUUUGUGGACAACAAGUUGAUUAUGCACAACAAGGCUGACUAUGCUUACAAUGGAGGACAGUAAUUGUUCCAUGUCCACAGGAUGCUGUGAUGCUGUUACCCGUUCCAGAUGUCCAGGAGUGGACUGGAGUUGCUGUCUAGUGCAACAAGGCUUCUUGCCAAACCUUUUCUCCUUGCGUGAGGCUGAAAACAUGAAACGAAGACAACAGCUCAUGAAAGUAAAAGAAACCUCCCUGCAACAUGUCUAUAUAUCCGGCACUCAAUGUAUCCUGCCUCUCGAUCUCUCUUUCUGGUUACCUUCUGGUACUUUGGUUAGGUAAUGGAUCAGAGGCACUGUUACAAAAUUCUUGUUACAGUCUUUAUAGUUAGGUUGCACUGUUAGUGCUUCUGAUGUUUCACAUGUUGGAUGAUUACCCUCUUUCAAGAGGUCAGAUUGAUUGGGUAAGCUAUUUCUUAGGAGGAAAAUUUUGCCCCUUCAAGUAGCCAGUGAUGCCUGAAGAGCAGAUCUUUUCUUCAGUUGGAUAGAUCAUCUCCUUAGUGCACAAUGGUUUAGUUUGUAGCAUGGCUGACAUUGCUUUUAAGUUGCAUCCCAAUUUCCAGUGGGAAAGAUAAAAUAAGAGACUAACUCAGCUUCUAAACAGUGCAGGAAUCUUCCUUCUGCCUCCAGGGGCCUGAGCUGCUCAUGAGAACGGAUUAAUCUGUGUCUUGCCAGAGAUUUCACUAGAGAUACGAAAUAGGAGGGGAAAAGGGGACUCUAUCCAGGUUGGUCAAGUCAGUCUAAUAGCAUUUCUGUCUGAACCCUUGUGUGCAAAUUGUUGUGUUUUGGAGCUCAGGGAUCAACCUUAGAGCUGAAGUUAAUCUCACUAUAUUUACCAGUUCUCCUGCUUACCUUUGUGUAGGAAUUUUGGCUCUUGCUACAGAACGUAUUGCUUUUUAGAUUGAUGGCACGCUGUCAGUCUAGCUGAGGUGGAGGGGAGGUGUCAGUCCAGGGGGCUUAGAGGAAAAAGGGAGAAUGUGGAAAAUCACUUGAAAAAUAUGUAGGAAGCAGUGUUUCCUGAGCUUCAAUCUCUAUACUUUUAAACCUGAAUGAUCAGUCAGAGGUUGCUGGAAGGAGAGAUGGUGGCAUUACCAGCUCAUUUGAUUUGUUUUGAUUGAGGUAUUAGUAGCUAAAAGUUGCUUGGGUCAGAUCUCUCAGUGUUGUGGAGUGGGAUUCUUACCAAGUGAGAAUUGACAUGGUUCUCUUUUUAAUUGUUUGAAUUCCCAUCGCUGCUUUGCCUACUUAGCUGCUGAUUUGUGGUUUAGGAAGUUCUUCUGUCAAGGUAGUUACUGCCAGAGCAGAGGGUGUAUUUCACAGCUGUGUUUGGGAUCUGGCGAUAGGGAGUAGCAGUGGGAAGAGGAGACCUGUGUCUUCCCAGCACCCAUGCUGGGGCCCAACUCCUGACCAUGCAAAAUCUCAGCUAACAAGACCCUCUGCCUAUUUUGCUGCUCUCUAGACUGGCGUUUUUCCUGUCCCCUCGCUGGGCUGGUCAGUUGUGUCUCUUGUACACGGGCGUUUGGUUUUGUCUAGACUAGAGGCAUUUGCUAGUACUAGUUCCAUUUGUUCCUUCAGAGAGUUGAAACCUAACUCCUGGGUGGAUACAGUUGGUUACCUGUUGUGUUAAGUAAGAUUCGGUGUAGUUUAUGUUUUAGCAGGAUUAAGUGGGGUGGACAUCACAGCCUGGAGCCUGUUAGUGCAUAGAAAGCAAUAAGAAACUACUGCCUUUACCUUGCAGAUGAAUGAUACUAACUUUGGUGUAGAAGAUCAGCUGGCAUCAGGGUAAGCAGUGAGAGUGUGUGGGGUGGCAGCCAGGAAAGAAUCUCCAGCUCUUGGGAAGAUACUUAAUUAUGAUUAACCACAACAAAUGACCUGUACUGGGUGGAGCACUAAUCCUGAGCAACCACAACAAAUGUCUUGGGAAUGCAGAGGGACAAGGUCGGCAUGGUGGAAAGAUGAACAAUUCUGCUACCAUCAAUCCCCUCCAGUAUUUCCAAAGCCACUUAGGCAAUCUCAUUUAGUUAUUCCGGAAUUGGUUAAAGUUGCUUGUAAAGUGGAGCUUGAGAUGCCUCUUACAGUGGUUGUCUUCAGAAGGCCUUGUGCUAGUGAGGUAGGGAAUGUUUGCUGGAAGCUAUUUGUGACAAGGCAGAACUGCCUGGAAGUGUGUUUUCCAUCCUGAAGUGUUCUGAGAUGCUCAGGAUAGUGUCUGACGAGCCUGUGCUAGUUAGUCCCUGGGAUAUUUUAUCACGUUGAGCUGAAUUUGGAUGUAGUAUAAAUCCAGGUGCCUUUAAAUGUUACUUUUAUCACACUUUCUGGAUGAAGCAACCUCUUGCUUUUCUUGUGUGAUGAUUCCCAUCUGUUUUCUGUGUCACUGCGUGAAGGUUCUUAAAAGGAAGAUGACGGUUGCCAGAGUGAGCAGCAGAAGUUACUGUGCGGGCGAAUCCCAACUUGUGUGAGCUGCCCACAGUGGUCGGGGCGCAGCGCCGCAGGGGCCCGGUGUUGGUCGGGCUGUGGGUGCCAUCUAGCUGCUGCUAACAGAACGCCACUGGCAGCAGGAGAGCGCUCUGCCAAGUGUUUGAUGCUUUUAGGAACGUGGAUUCCUGUCUUUAGUCAUUACCUCCCAGCAGUGAGGAGGAAAAAGCCUUGAAGCAGUUGCUUUUCCGUUGGUGAAUGUAUCAGCUAUUCAGCAAUAAGAUAAGGAAAACUGGAGGAAAAUGGGAAGAUGUGCAGGCAGCAGUAGCACCCCUUAGUUUAUAGCUGAAUUUGCUUGCCAAAUUAGAAGGUCUUUGCCCCAAAAGCAUGCUGCAGAAAAUAAAACGUCCCUACAAGAGGGUAACCCAGUACUGGAAAAGUUGAUUGUAAUCAAAAAAAGUCAGGGAUUUCUAAAUUCUUGUCCCUACUUUGGCCACUUCCCUAAGGUAACUUUUCUCUUGGAUGCUUUCUAUAAAGUGUCUUCUCUUUGUGGCAGGGAUUGAUGUCUUUGGAAAGCCCAUUUAAUGGAGCAUCUUCCUUCUGGAUUGUGUGCUCUGAUGCCUUAAUGGUGGGUCAAAGCUACUUACGUCAGUGAGCUAGGAAGAAAUUCCAAAGGGAUUUCAUCCUUGUCAUGUGGAUGGUCUAGCCAGGUUCUGUAGGCAAAGGAGAUGUUUUCAGUGUCAGUUGAAGUCUGAGCAAGGGAAAAGGUAUCUGUGCAGACAGCUUCUCUCAGGUUGUGUGCCGAGUUGGAAAGAGAAGAGCUUUGGGAUCAUACUGUGUUCUGUAAGGGACCAAACCCACAAACUCAUGCUAAAUCUUUGCAGUAUUUGUCCUUUUAGUAUUGGACCUCUUUUUCGCAUUUUUGAGGCGAGUGCUUUGGAUCCAUGCAAGCAAACUUCCUGGACAGCUAUUUUCAUGGUUGACUGAGGGGUACAUACUGCACCUUGUGAAGGAAGGUCAUCUCUGGUAUGGACUGGAUACUGCUGUCCUUGUCCUCUGUUUUUGGUAGGAAAAGUCUUCCUUUGUGUGUUCCUUGGGAUUUUCAACGUCUCUUGCUGCAGAGAAGCAGCAGCCUCCUCUGUGGUGCUUGAGGAUGUUUAUUCUACUUCUCUGAGGGCUCAGGAAGAAUAAACCAAGUGUUUAGAAGUCAGAGAUGAAUGAGGAAGAUGGUAGUGGUGAGUUACCGUGUUUGGACCAUUCUUCUACUUUUCAGCUCUGUGUUUCAUUACAUCCUCUCCUAGUGUUUGUCUUCAGCCCUGCUGUCCUCUCACAUUGUGCUACCAAGCCUUGUGCUAUCCCUCGGACUCAAACACUGCCAUCUCCCUCUUGGCUUGAUGUCAAGGACAAAGCCAAGGGAUGCGCUGCCUGCUGGAACCAUCACCUCUUCCUCUGCAGCAAAGGACGAAACGAACACCAGCAAACGCCGUCUCUGUCUGCCUGGAUCUCAGUGCUGUUACAGGACACGUAUUUGUAUCUCACAGCGUGGCCUUUGGGCUGCUGGCACGUCGACCUCCUCCGUGCUGUCCCCCUCCUGUGGCCCUUCCUGGGCGGAGGCCGCGGUGUCGGGGCCGUGCUGGCCGUGCCCCUCAGGGUGACGAUGUAUUUGUAUAAAGGUUAUUUUGUCACGGUAAUAAACAAACCUCCGUUUUCGCA